AUGCCUCCGCCAACAAAGCGCCGGCGCACAGAGCCCACUGUUGUCGAAGAAAUAUCCUUUGACACAACUGCGCGCCAUGAAUUUCUGACCGGCUUCCACAAGCGCAAGUUACAGAGGGCGAAGCAGGCGCAGGAGGCUGCUGAGCGGAGGGCACGGGCGGAGAGAGUCGAGGAGCGGAAGAGGCUACGAGAACAGCGAAAAGCCGAGCUCGAACGACACGUGCAGGAAGUGAAUGCUUUGUUGAGACCGACUUUAGAUCAGGAUGAGGAGGACGAUAAUGGGGAGGGGGGUGAAGAGAACUCGGAAGAGGAAUGGAGCGGCAUCUCAGACUCGGAGCAACCCCUGCUCAAUCAUGAGACUGAAUACGUCGACGAAGACAAGUACACCACAGUGACGGUUGAAGCAAUGGAUGUUUCGAGAGAAGGGCUGUCCAAGGCGGAGCAGCAGCGGGACGAGCAUACCCAGCAACACAGUGAAGAAGCGUCAGAGGCCCCAGAAAAUGGUCAAGGCAAGAAGCAGAAAAGCCAAUGGACAAAAGAUCGGCCAAGGGACAUUAAGAAGCGAAAGAAGCGAAAUUUUAGAUACGAGAGCAGAGCGGAAAGGAAAGAGGCUCGUACAAAAGAGAAGGCCAGAAAUCGGAAACAGGCUCGAGAACGAAGGGGUGAUCGACGAUAA